GAUGCGGCGCCACCAUCUGCGGAAAGUUGGUUUCGUUAGCUUCCAUCCAUAUGUGACGCCUGGACUACUAGUAAGCUUGUAAUAGCGGGCAGACAUCUGUUAAAUCACUCUCAGCCUGUCAAGAGGGAUAUUGCUUGAGGCUACCAGAUUUAUAAUUCAACACGCACGUCCGAGUCCUUUUCCCGAACCAGUGAAGGCUUUGUUACUCGAUCAUCACCGACAAGACGUAACUAUGUUUUCUAUUGAUCACAGUUCUGCCCUGGAGUAUUUUGGUCCAUCAAGCUAGGUGUGUUAUCAUGGCUGAUAAUCUGGACCAGAUUCCGAUGGAAUCGCGACUAUUAUCAGCAUUUCAAGUAGCUUAACCAAGUCCAUUUCCUCUGAUACUUGGCAAGAACUUCAACAGCCCAUGUGGAACAGUCAAACACCGAUCAAGGGCCUGGCACGAGAGUGCACAAUUCAUUACAAUUUCCCGCAGCGUGCUGUAGGUGCAGCCAUGACCUCUCCUAUGCGGUCCUUUGGGAUUCAUACGACUCUUUGUACCUGAUACACCUGACCAUCAGACCAUCAGACUUGGGGGGUUGACGCCGUCAGCUGAAAUUCCCCACACCUGCGGCGGGGCGGUAUAUAAAGUCUGCAGUAAUUGGACAAUACGCUGCAACAAUUCUUUCAACCUUUUUCCAACAUGAAAUACUUGCACAUUGCUUCUACUCUUGCCAUGGUCUCUGGUACGCUGGCCCAGCGAACCUUCACCGUCUACAAUGGCUGCCCGUUUACCAUUUGGCCUGCUAUGUUCACUGCCCCAGGCGGCAAUGCCCCUGCAUAUACGACCGGGUGGGCGGCGAAUGCGUACACCGCAGUUAGCUUCUCGGUUCCAGACAACUGGACGUCGGGGAGGAUUUGGGCACGUCGUGACUGUGAUUUCAGCACCAAUCCUGGGCCGAAUUCUUGUCUUGAUGGUGGCUGCAAUGGAGGGCUUGUGUGUGAUCCCACUACUGGCACUGGUGUGCCACCUGCCAGCCUUGCUGAGUUUACGUUGGGAGGCACCACUGGCCUAGAUUAUUACGAUGUUUCCCUUGUGGAUGGGUAUAACUUACCUAUCAGCAUUAACAACAACGUUGGCUGUGGUAUAGCAGACUGUCCCGUUGAUCUCGGCCCAAAUUGUCCUGCUGCGAUACAAGGCCCAUAUGAUUCAACUGGAUUCCCAGUUGGGUGUAAGAGUGCCUGUGAAGCUAAUUUGGAUGGAGAUCCUUCCAAUUCACCCAACUGUUGCACUGGUAGCUAUAGCACUCCCGCUACUUGCCCUUCUUCUGGUGUGGAGUAUUACACCUACUUCAAGGAUAACUGCCCGAACUCGUACUGUUAUGCCUAUGACGAAUCUAGCGGUACCGCCAUCUUCACAUGCGACGCAAGCCUUAACGCUGACUACACCGUCACAUUCUGCCCUCCUCCAUCGUAAGCUACUCUAUUUCGGGCUUCUAGCUUGUUUCGGAAAUAGUAGUUGAGACGAAACUCUCGCAUCUCCUUUUUUUUUUGGGUACCCGUGAAUUAAAUAAACUGGCGAUGUCU